AUGAAAGGUGUCGACGUUGGUGAUCAGAUGGCCAGUUACUAUCCAACGACUCGCCGCUCCAAGGUCUGGUACAGGAAGGUCUUCUUUUUCCUCUAUGACACGGCCAUUGUCAAUGCCUGGGCCGUCCGUCGUGCCCUGGGAUCGGAGGAAUCGCUUAAGGCCUUCCGAUUUGGCCUCGCCUCUGAGCUCCUGGGGCAGUUCAGAGAAGGGACCGACUCUACGAGUAGAGCUGCGCCGUGUCCAUCUACGGCCGCUCCUCGUACUCGAACGCACAACGUAUCACAGAUACCAGGUAAGACGAGGAGGUGUAAGGUUUGUUCCCGGCAUGGGCGCAGGAAGAGCACCAGGAGCUACUGCGCGGAGUGCAAUGUGGGAUUGUGCAUCUACGGCUGCUUCGAGGAGUGGCACGCCACUUUAUGA